AUGGAGAAAAUUCGGCAAAAGAUUUGCUGUGUCGAUUGUCAGCCAAGUCAAGAUUGCUUUGAGCACAGAAGAAAAAAUAUUGACCUCCGAUCACAAGAACAUGGCAGAGGAGCAGCGACCACGGUCAAAGAUUGGUUCUCAAAAGCCUGGUCAUCCGUUUCGAAAGCGGCGGGGAAAGUGUGGGGCGGAGUGAAGAAAGGUUUCUCGUGGGUGUGGACAAAAGUGAAGGAUUUUUGGAAUUGGUUGAGCCGAAAGUGUGGAAAUGCCGUCCCGUUCUUCAAAACGGUCCUUUUCACGGCGAUUCCUGAACAAGAGUUGCCUCCACCUGCAUAUCCAGCCGGCUUCCGACCAGUUCAUUUCGAUUCGGAUGAGCGAUCGAUGAGCGAAGAGUUGAGCUUCAAAGAGUUGCCACCGGUACAACAAACUAAUCCAAGACUUCCACCAAUUCCACCACCCCGCCCGAUCACCCCAUCUUUGAAAGUCACUGAGGCUCAGGAUGAGGAGAAAGAAGAGAAUGAGCAUGAGUCAAAGAAAUCCCUCCCCUCCUCUCCACCGCCAAUUCCUAUUGAAACCUAUAACAUUGAAAACAAAACAAAAACUCCAGCACCGAAUGUCCCUUCAAAGCCACCAAUGCAUGUCGAAUUUCAUGAAGAGACGACAAAGGCUUAUCAGGGAAAUGACGGCGCAGCAGCUAGAAUCUCCUAUAUUCAGCAGCCAAACAUCGACUUAUCCCAAUACACAACGCGAAUCGGAGGAAUCGGACCAUCACGAAGCGAAGCAACGAACGAAACGACAACUAACAUUCGAACAACGAGAGAAGGAUCGAUUGGACCGGCGAUUGAGGGCGGAUUCUAUUCACAACGGACAUAUGGAGAUGGAGUGAGAGGCGAGGGACGAGAGGCAUCUCAACCGCCUCCUCCACCACCCCCUCCUCCACCAAUGCCUAAAUCUGGGAAGAUUCCAGUAAUCCCUGGAAGAAAAACUCCGGUGGCUGAAGAGCGGAAAUCAGCGACCUCACCGGUUGGUGGGAAUGUGAAAGGAGCUGUGCCAAUGUUGCCCGUAUCGGUUCUUGAACAAAUGGCCGCUUCUGUUGAAACUUUUGGUGAACGAACUGAGAGAGGGAAAUCGGCUACGGUGACGGAGAGAGUACGCGAGGCGAACUCGAAGACACCCGUUCCUUUUGAGGGACGAAAAACUCCGGUGUCGUUUGAGCGACGCGUGGAAAACCAGGAAACGAAAGUGAAGCGAGAAUCAUCAAUGCCACCGCAGGUUUGGAGACCAGUGUCCGCAUUUGAGCCCGAGCGAGCCUCGUACAAUCACACGUCUCGCGCGAAAUCCGUUGGACCAACCGUUGUGAGUCGAAUCGAGAAUUCGACCAACGACGAACCGCAAUUUAUCUUCAGAGCCAAAGCACCGGCUAGCUUCAACCAGGAAAACAAUUUUGAUUUAAAUGGAUACUUGAUGGGGCACAGUGUUUAUAGACCGAUUCCCGAAGCUGAGCGAAUGAGAAAUACGAUCAAUAGGCGAUCAAUGUCCGUUUCAAGACCAGUGACUCCAGCUGGAUCAACGGCCCCGUUUGAGACGCCAUAUGUCAAUUAUGCUAAUGGAUAUAUGAGUGAUGACGGUGGCUUGCGGCAGAGAUCAAGCCGAUCACGAACAACCGGACCUCAGACACGAGAGAGCACCGCUUUCAGUGACACUUUCCAUCUUGGAGGAGCGAAUGUAAACUCCCGGAUUCGUGGCUGGCCUCCACCAUCAAAUACGACACCGAUGGAUAUCAGUAAGGAUUAUUGGCUGAAUGGAGACUCGACAAUGUCAUAUUAUGAUCGAAAUGGAGAUCUUGUCACGACGAAGCUCAAAAGAAUCUCCGAAAAGACGACUGAGGACAACUGGAAAUGGAGAGAUCACAAUGGACGGGUUGUUGACGAGAAAUCGGAGCGAUCGUGGCGGGGUGAUUUGGAUGAGAUGACCAAUGAUGGGCCUGGGUCGGGAAGUCAUUUCACGAGAACCGUUGAGAUGCUGCCAGGGCGGGACAUCCGAUUUCAAGAUGUCAAUCGACAGUACAACAAUAACUUCGUUGUAGAGAGCAUUUGUCGAAACUAC